UCGUUUCGUGAUUCGUGCUGAUCAGAAACAAGUCCUGAUUUGUCUCUGGCUCUCUGGUCCUGAUCAUCUUUAUCUUCGAUCACUUGAUUGUGCAUGUGCAUGUGUCCUAAUUUUUUAACGGUGUAAUCGUGCUGUUUUGUUAUCUGGCAAUCUCUGUUUUAAAUAAGUUUCAAGACACUUUUAAGGAUAAUUAGCGUGCCCAGCAAGCAUGGAUAUUUACGUUUAAUCACAUUUUUUUCAUUGAUGUUUCGCUAGUCCCUGUCCUAGUUUGAUCUGAGUUAUACCAUCUCUCUUCCCUCUUAAAACGAUCAUGACUGGAAAAAUUAAAGGACCAGUAACCGUAACCCAAAGAAAGACUGUAGAAAUUGUAGUCCCCAAUGAUGUCCAGCUCAUUUUGCCUCUCUCCGCAUUAGAGGCUUCAUCAAAGAGGGGACAGACGAGCGAUCUGAGAAAGGCCUUGUCCAACGGUGGGAGAAGAACCAGCAGGCUUGGACCUAUUCAAGAAAAUGGUGGAGGGUAUGAAUCUGAUUCUAACUCUGCCUCUAACAGGUUCCCUGAUGGCUCCAAAAAGGAUAACGAACUUUUUGAAGAAGGCGAUGUAGAAGGAGAACGACUUUUUUCUUUCACCCCAUCUACACCUAAGAAUAGGAAAGCCUGUACUUCAUCCAUUAGAAAGUCAGCAACCCGUUCUGCAACCAAAAUGUGUACGCCUAAACAAAAAACCCCCACCCCUGGCAAGAAAGCUGCUCAAACCCCUUCCACAUUGCACCGUACCCCGAAGUCAAGCCGAAAAAGGCUGUAUGCAGAGCCUGAAAAAGUACAUGAAAAAGAAGAUAAAAAAGCUACCUCCUCUGAACAUGAAACCUACACUCCACAAACGCCUUAUGGGUUGCGCACAAGAAUGAAGCAAAUGAUUCAUAAGGAAGUAGAAAGUAUGGAAUUAGAGGACUCAGGCUCAGAAUAUAGCUUUUCAGACUCAGAUGAUGACACGGAUGAAUCCAGCGACAGCUCAAGCUCUAAUGACGAGAGCAGUGAAGUUCAAAAACCAAUUCUACCAGCACCUUCCACUCGUGCAAGGAAAAGUGCGCGAGGAGAGAUAGAUUAUGUUUGUUCCCAUAAAGAUUAUUUCCACAUGAGAAGCUCCAAAAAGAAAGACAAAACGUCCAACAACCUUUUGAAUCAACUAAAAAACCCAAAUUUAACGCAUACUCAAUUCAGAAACAUCCUGAAACAACUAUCACAGUCACAUAAAAAAGAUAUUCAAACUCUGCAUCAGGAUAUGCAAUCUCAAUUUCAUCAUUGGAUGUUUUACCUCAGUCAAAAUUUCAGUGUGAUUCUAUAUGGCCUGGGAUCCAAGAGAAAAAUUUUGGAAGAUUUCAGGAAAAUGAUGUUAUCAGAAAGCAAAGUUCUGGUUGUCAAUGGCUUCUUUCCAACUGUAUCUCUGAAGGAGAUCCUGGACUCCAUCAUGAAACAACUGCUGAACAUGAAAGAAGCAGCUCCCAACACUAAUAUGGCAGUUGAAAUGAUUAGACAGCGAUUAAAACCAAAAUCUGCUCCGCACAUCUUCAUUAUCAUCAACAAUAUCGAUGGAUCAUGUUUACGUGAUGAAAAGUGCCAAAGUGCUCUCUGCUCAUUGGUUUCCCAUGAAAAGAUCCAUUUAAUAGCUUCAAUAGACCAUUUGAAUGCUCCACUCAUUUGGGAUGUAGCAAAAUUAGGAAAUUUAAGUCCAGUCUGGAUAGAGGCGACAACGUUUUUACCAUAUAUCGAUGAAGUAAGCUUUGAAAAUUCAUUCCUCGUCAAACAUACAGGAUCUUCCAUGGCAUUAUCUUCUCUCGUCAAUGUUUAUAAAUCCCUAACCAGCAAUGCAAAGAAAGUCUAUCGCAUUCUUGUGGAAGAUCACCUCGACAACUCUAAAAACAAAAAUUAUCCAGGGAUGUCUUUCGUUCAACUGUACGACACUGCCAAGCGAGACUUUAUUGUUAGUUCAGAUUUAUCACUUCGUACGCUUUUAACAGAAUUUGUUGAUCAUGAACUAGUGAAAUGGCGCAGAGACAAUGAACAUCUGACUAUUCCUGUCGAAGGAUCUGUCCUAAAGAAAUUUAUGGAGAUGCAUGGUAAUCAAUCCGACUGAGGAUAGCUCUUGAUGAGUUCCAGUGCCUCAUCAUUUUAAGUGAAAGUAAAGGUGCAGAAAAAGUCUAACCGAAUAGGAAGCUUUAGCAGGUGGACUUCUUUUCACCUUAUUUUGUUUAAAAAGAAACAGAAACAAAUUAAACCUAAAAUUUUAGAUUUUCAAGAGACCGUAUCAUCAGAAUCAAAUUGAAGGUCUCCUGGAAAUAGAUGUAUUUUUGUAUUGACCCGUGUUUGUGAAAUUGAAUUUCAGGACAAGCUCUAUUUAAAACUUCAAAUUUUUCUUCAGACCCAGUCGUAUCUCACCAAAAAGCAGGCUUUAAACAUUUUGUCUUACAAUAAUUACCCACCAAUUGAUCACAAGAAGAGGCAGGAAUUGGACCUCUAAAAGAUUGGUUACCUCAUCAAAAUUAUGUGUAAAACACGUUGAAUAUAUUGACAGUUUCAAAAAUCAUUUCAUUCAGUGAGAAACUAAUGUUUAUAACCUUAAAUCCCGCAAAAAAUCCAUAGUAAAUAUAGGUCAAACUGGUCUUUGAGAGCAACCCAAAAUUCAGGCUAAUAACUGGAGUCUGCUUUCAUACUCAUUCUCCUCCUCUUUUGGCACAUGGUACCUCCAAUCGUGUCAAAAAAAAAGUCAAAACAAUAGGAAAUUCUAUUGUAAAACAUGCAGAUAGUGGUUUAAUGUUAGUUUUGACUAAAGUAGACAUGGGUUUUUUAGGGACGGGUAGUGUAAACUGAUUCAAACAAGAAACGAUUAUUUCCCCUCUUAUGAGUUGGAUUUGGAAAGUUUUAGUGUGUCUAUAGUUUUCUAUGUACAAUUUAGUAUUAUUUAUAUACUACACUGCAUAAUUUCAUACCUCAUCUAUUAGUUUAUUGCUAUGUAAAGCCCUUUUCAGAUAACUUUGCCUUUUUCAUUGUAUGCGUUGGGUAUGAAGUUCUGUACUCCUUACAUGUAGGGAAGAAGGCAAAGUUAUCCGAAACGGGCUCUAAUAGGUAAUAAAUAUCAUCAAAUUGCACUUAUAUAUUUUUGCAGUCGUAAGUGUUCCUUCAAGAAUUUGAUUUCAUGACAAUCCUAUCAUUGUGCUUUUUUUCAGACUUAGAAUUUACUAGUACUAUUAACUUUUCUUACCCAAGCUGAGCAGUGUUUUUUUUUUUUUUUUUUUUUUUUUUUUUUUUUAAUUUCUAAAGCAGUAUGCUAAGAUAUACCAGUCAGAAUUAAGAAUUUGCUUAGUAAUUUUAUCUACUGUUUUGCUUCAUGAAAAACAAUUUUUCCAGUUAUGUGUCAAAGUUUGUCAUUAUUGCCAACCAUCCAUUGUUGAAAAAUGAAGGUUUUAUUAAAUAUGUUUAUUUUUAUCUGUUUUCUGUUUCAUCUUUCAACUUCUAAAUGAAGCCAAGAACUGCAUGAUCUAGUUUUGUAUUUUUUUAAUAUUAAGAGGGUUAACAAAGGAAGAUUAAGGAGCUCCUCUUCCUGAUUUUUAGAAGGGGGAUAGUUUACACCACAAUUAUGGUACUUAACGUUAAUGUAAUCGGCAAGUAUUUUGUCACUCUUCGCACAAGCUCUGGAGCAGUAAUGGUGGAAGUAAUGACACAGCAGUAGUUAUACUGAAUUCAUCAUGUGCAGAAGAUGAUCAUUUCGCAGUAAAUGUGGUAGACAUCCGCUUUUCAAUUUUUACAUUUAAAGAAUAAAAAAAUUAGCAUUUCUAAGCCUUGCUGAAAGAUGUGUGUCAAAUUGAUUGAUUAUUACCGUAUCUAUUUUAGUACGAUUCUCCAGAUCCCCCCUGAUUUUAGACUUUUAAUGUGUAAUUGCUUGAAAUACUUGUCGCCUAGAACCUAGCUCCUUUUAUUGUGGCUUUAAAUUAGAAUGUAACAAUCGUUAUUUUUUAUCAGCUCCUUUGUUACGUAAAAUUAAAAAUUGUCUCAACUUUUAAUAAAAUAAUUUAUUUUAUU